CUCGCCGCAGCUGCUCGUGCGCUCGUGGCUGCCGCUAAUUACCUCAGCUGGGGGCCGUGGGAAGACUUGGAGGCCAAAGGUCGCGACUCCUGGUUCCUAUCACCACCGCUGUAAAGAGUUGAGCUAUGGCUACAAUCCGCUUUGGGCAGCAUGUCAUAAAGGCCACGUCUGUGUUCCUGCAAACAGAACUGUCCUUUGCUCUGGUCAACCGGAAGCCUGUGGUUCCUGGUCAUGUCUUAGUGUGUCCAUUAAGGCCGGUCGAACGGUUCCGUGACCUGCGUCCGGAUGAAGUGGCUGACCUGUUCACCACCACCCAGAUAGUGGCCAACAUCGUGGAGAAGCACUUCAAGGCAUCGUCAUUGACCAUUGCCAUACAGGACGGACCCGAGGCCGGACAGACGGUGAAGCAUGUCCACGUCCACGUGUUGCCGAGGAGAGCCGGCGACUUUGAGAGGAACGACAGCAUCUACGACGAGCUCCAGAAACAUGACAAAGACUCUGAAGAUGUUCCCUCCAAAUGGAGAUCGGAGGAAGAGAUGGCAAAAGAAGCGACAGAGCUGAGGGGCCUCUUUAGUUAACUUCCUCUGACUCUGCACUUGCUAAAGAAAAGCUAUGGUGAUUUUACAUGAAGAUUUAGCAUCAACUUUUUAUUUGUAAUCACACACACACACACACACACACACACACACACACACAUU